AUGGAGGUAGUUGGGGCCGUAUCGAGCUUUAUCGCUAUCAGCCAAGCAUUAGUGGCCGGCCGCCACAUCGUCAACGUUCUCCGAGACAUCCCGAAAAUAGGCAGCGAACUACAAUCGCUAGACUUCGAGAUUCAAAGUCUUGCAUCUGCAGUCAAGGCCGCUGAAAAGCAACAAUAUAUCUCCCGCGGACGCCAGGCUGAAUCUCUGGAUCUCAAACUAGCGAAAGAACGGCUCGAGAAAACUGUCGAAGGCCUCCAGAACUUGCAUCGCCGUGUCACGCGAACCGACGAAGAUGGUAACGUCAAAGCGAGGAAGACAAGAUGCUUAUUCUUGCAAAAAGAUCUUGCGGACUGUCGAGAUAAGAUACGUGAUGCUAGAGAUACCCUGCAUCUUGUUCUGAUGAACAUGAACCUGGAAGAAACUACGUGCGUAGAGCGUCAUCCACAAAAGGAUGUUCAUAAGUGCUGA